UAAAAAUAUGUUUUCAAACACGUGUUUCGCAAUAUACUGUCGUCGUCUGAAUGCACGCGCAAAACAAUUAAAUGAAAUAAAUUAAUAUAAUUAUUAUUUACUUAAAUUAUAUUUAAAUUGAUUUAGUAAUUCAUUUAUUGUAAAAAUCAUAACAACAAUCAUUGUAUUUGUGAAAACAGUUUAAUUUAUUCAAUCAAUUAUUGAUUGAUUGAUUGAAAUGAUGACCAAAUGGGUGAUCAUUGCAGUGGUGGACAAUCACAACAACAGUCACACACUGAAACCGGACGAGACAUCAUCGGUGGCCAACAAAUACUGGUUUAAUAUACCAUCGAUAGUCAAAACUAUCGCCAACUUGAAGACACUGUUGACGACCGUUAAUGAAGACUUGAUUGGCGAUGACUUUGACAUCAGUUUGAAUGACUGUUUACUUAGUGAUGACACCGAUAUCUGUAUAAUCAAAGUCGAGGAUAUCUUAGAAAUAAGACGUAAAUGUGUCGACCAUUUGACAAACCAUUUGACGGCUCAAUCGUCUUCAUCUAAUGGACACCAAAACAAUGAUAACAAGAAAUGGAUUAACAUAUUUUCACAUAUCAGCGGACAAUUGGAUCAGUAUUGGUACGCCAUAUCGUCUCGGGUGAGAACUGUUCGCCAAUUGAAACAAGAGUUGGUCGCUAUAGAAGAUCUUCAGAUCGACGAAAUGGAUCUCUUGAUGAAAGAUGCACUUUUGGUUGACAAUACAAACAUCGAUAUAAUUAAUACUAUCGAUAAUGUCAUCGAAAUUAAACGUAAAUCAAUGAGUGAUGACUAUUCAUUGUCGACAACAAUGGAAACGAUGUCCAAUACAAACAACUGGUUAACUGAUAAUAAUAAUGAUAAUAAAGACUCAAAAUCAAUGGUCACAACAAUGACGACAACAACAAAGUCGGACACUUCGGAAAUCACUGAUGACACUUCCCAUGGUUUCACAUCAUCAGUGGACAGCGCUUAUAGCACAGAUCAUACAAACAUAAUAACAGUCAACAACAUGACCAUUGGUGGUGAUGAAACCGCUGCACCAGUAGCUAACAAAUCAACGAAUGACAUAUUGUCUCAUACGAAGUUAUCUAAAUCGACAUCAAAAGCAAUUUGUGAUUAUAAUAAUUGUGGCAUCGAGUUUCAGACACAGCACUCGUGUUGGCAACACAAAUAUGCUGUCCACUAUUUACGACAGGGGGGUACCCAUAAUACAAUCAAUAAAUAUAUUGGCCCCGAUAUACCGGAUAUCAAAUCUAUUGACGCCGAUAUUCUGGACAUAAAAUCUAUUGGCGCCGAUAAUUCAGAUAAUAAACAUAUUGAAUGUGAUUAUCGUAAUUGUGACAAAACGUUUGAAACAUUAUUAGAUUUUACACAACACAGAAUUGCCGUUCAUUUGGGUGAUUGUGAUAAAUACAGCGUCACUGACACUACCGGAGCUCUAAACAUAACUGCAAACAAUAAGAGGAUAUCAUGCAAUCAUAAGAACUGCGGCAAAACAUUUAGAUCUAUUGCGGACUUUCGUCAACACUAUAGGGCUGUUCAUAGCUAUCGAUGCGAUUUUAGUGAAUGUCAUUACGAUUGCGACAACUAUUACGAGUUGUUAAUACAUGAAAAGUCUGACCAUAAUAUGCAUACCACUGAAUGUCCUAAUAGUUAUCUAAAAUGCCGAAAGUGUCACAAAAAGUAUCAAAGAGUAGCAAAUCUGAUGAAACAUAUGCAGGAUCACCACAAACUGUUCCGAUGUCCGUAUGAAAUGUGCGAAAGUCGUAUUUAUACUGAAUUCAAACUUAAGUUACAUAUGUUUAAAGUCCACACACAUAACUGUGCCAAUCGACCAUUUUAUCUGAAAUGUCAUCGUAUUGGAUGCGAAAAAGAGUUUAAAGCUUAUGUUGAUCUCCAGCAACACGUGUUGGACGCGCAUCCACUGAUCAAAUGUCAUUACAUUGGAUGCGACAAAACGUUUCAGUCUAAACUCAAUUUGAAUGUUCACAUUUAUGUCGCACAUUUUAAGCAAUAA